AUGGUUAUCGUUUGUCCUAAGUACUAUUUCGCCAUACCAGUCAGACAAUCAGCUCAAUGCCGUCGUUCACAGACCGAUCAUUCCAUCCGAGGAGAUUGCGAUCAAACGACGGGAAUAGGGAAACGAGACGGUGACAAUGUGUGCGUGUGUGACGACCCUAUUGACUACGGAAAUGCAACGAUUGGCUGGCUGGCCGAGUGCUACAAACUCUCACUUCCCUCUUCCCCGCCAGCCCGUCCCGUCAUCUUGCUACCUCACCUUAACCCUCAAACUUCGAUUUCUUUUUUUCGAAUCGAUUUCUCCAGCAAUAGAAAUACAUCUAACAUGUCUAAACCACUCUACUAA